CUCCCUACUCAGCUGUCAUUUACAUUUUGCUUCUCUGCUGAUAGUUGACCAUUUGUGAAGCACCUGUUCAGUGCAGAAGGGCUCCAACUUCAGCUCUCAGGUCUGACAGCCUGAUACUCAUCAACUGAAGAGCAGCUGUUGAAAUCUUUAACUGAAAACACUUAUAGAAAUCCUGCAGUUCAUUUUCUUCAAAAAUCUUUCAGAUAUUACUAAACUACAUCAUGUCAAACCAGAGCAUCCAAAACGACCAUGAGAAGGCCUACAUGUCUCUGACCAAAGGUUUGAAAGAGCUGGACUUCCGUGGCCCCUAUGUUCCCAGCGACCUGUUGCUGAUUGGAGACCAUGCCUUUCCUUUAGCCAUGAACAGUAAAGGUCAGGUCCUGAUGGCUGCCUCUCUGUAUGGUUGUGGAAGGAUUGUUGCUCUGGGUCAUGAGGCCUACCUGACAGCCUUUCCUGCUCUGGUGGAGAACGCCCUGAUCUGGCUGAGGGGCGACGGGUCAAGCAACCCCACUGUAGCUGUGCAUAAAAAUGUAAAGGCGCUUAGCGAUAACCUCAGCAAGUCAACCUUCCAAGUAGAAGUGGUCGGCAGCUUUAGCAGGAAUCUGCAGUCUGGUGUUUACGUGACUGACGUAUACAACGUCGGUGCUGACCCAAAAGACUUGGUGGACUUUCUGAAAGCAGGAGGAGGGGUACUGAUAGCGGGUCAGGCAUGGAGCUGGGCUGCAGAUCACCCUAAGGAGGAUACAUUACAUCACUUUGAUGGAAACAAGGUGUCAGGAGUUGCAGGGAUUUACUUUUCCAAGAAUCCGGGUGAAGUUGAACACCUCCCAGUCUACCCACAGAUCCCAGCCUCCUGGAUGGCUGUAACAAUAGGGAAGGAUUUUGAGGACGACUUGCAGUUCUUACUCCACGGUGUUUCAGAGCUCACUAUCCCAAAGGGUACCGUAUCUUCCGAGGUUCUGGUCCAUGGCUCAUUAGCGUUCCCCAUUGGUACCACAGGGGGUGGACAGGCCUUCCUGGCUGGAGCCUACUAUGGUAAAGGUCGGGUCAUCGUAACUGGACACGAAGGUGUUCUGAGACCUAAGGAAAAUGCUUCAUUUUGGAAGAAUGCCCUUCACUGGCUGGAUGAAGGCCGCAGAGGCGUUGUUGGCGUAGCAGUGAAAGAUGGCAUUAAGAUAGCUAAUGACUCAGGUCUGAAAAUGGUAAAAACUGAAUUCAAGAAAGACCUGAGUGUGUUUGUGUCCUCAUCGAACCCCAAAGGGCACUGGGAAGAGAUUCAGAACUUUGUAGCAGAAGGAGGAGGUCUUCUGAUUGCUGGACAUGUCUGGUGGUGGGCACAGAAGCACAAGGACAAAAAUCCAUUGACAGAUUUUGGAGGGAACAAAAUCCUGAGCCAAAUGGGGCUGAGCCUGUUGAAGUCGACUAUUAAUGCAGGUUCACACAAGGUUCCUGAUCCCAGCCAGGCCAUCAAAGAUACUUACCAUUUCCGGCACCUUCUCCACCGCUUUGCUAAGCACGUAACCGUGAAGGAAAAACUCAGCAAAAAUGAGGAGGAGCUUCUCAAAAAGCUGGGCAGCGAUUGCUCCGUCUACUUGAACAUGAAGGCUUAUGACUGCUGCCACUACUCUCAGGUGUUGGCAACACUCACGGACAUCUUAAAAAAGUGUGGCAUGCCACAGGUGAGUGAGAAAUGCCCCGUCAAAAGCCCUGAAGACCACCUACUUCUCAAUAUUGGGACAGAGGUUUAUAAAGUCUGCCCAGAUCCAGACGCCCUCCUGCCUUACCUCAUCAAGGAUAAUCCACUCUUACCAGUUGUCUACAACCACAGGGUCCAGAUGGACGUCAAAACAGCAGGGGGGGAGGAGUGGAUCAGCACGGGUCUCUACCUCUCUCCUGGUAUGAAGACAUAUGUGGCCAUACCAGCAGAAAUCAUCAACAAAGGGUGGCAGAUUCAGAUCGGUUGUCAAACAGAUCGACUGAAAGCUGCAGUGUUGAAGAGACCUCCAAACGCCCAUGUACGCUUUCCUGUCACCUCUAAAAUGACGCAGGUCUGGAACUUGUGGGGAGGACUGAUUUACCUUGUGGCUCCACCAAAUACUGAGGCAAAAGGAUUAGAGGUUGUUGUGCAGAUGGCUGUUCCUGCACCCUAUUAUAGAUCAGGUGUAACAACAAACACUGACUGGUCCUCGUUGCGCUCGGCUCCUUCGCCUUGGGCGGAGCUGGAGUUUGAUAACAUCAUCCUCACCGUACCUUCAGACGCGGUUAGAGAGCUGGAGAAUCCUGAGGAGCUGGCAGCACUCUGGAAUGACAUCAUGAAGGCCAUCGCUGACCUGGCUGCCAAACCUCAUAAAUUCCCUCGUAAAGAGCGUUUUGUUGCCGACAUUCAGAUUUCUCAUGGUUGGAUGCAUGCAGGGUAUCCCAUAAUGGCUCAUAAAGGUUCUGCAGCUGCAUUGGUGAGCGUUAAAAAUGCUAAGACCAAAGGCAUGUGGGGACCCAUCCAUGAACUGGGACACAACCAACAGCGAGGCUGCUGGGAGAUGCCCCCCAACACCACAGAGGCCACGUGUAACCUGUGGUCUGUUUAUGUGCAUGAAACGGUUUUUGGGAUCAACAGGGACAAGGCUCAUUCAGCAAUGGAUUCUGCAAAACGAACUAAACGAGUCAAGGACUACAUUGAAGGAGGCAGAAAGUUCAGCAGCUGGAGUGUGUGGACGGCCCUGGAGACAUACAUACAGCUUCAGGAAAAGUUUGGCUGGGAUGCGCUUAAGAAAGUGUUUGCAGCCUAUCAUAAGAUGAAAAAGUUCCCUAAAGGCAACCCAGAGAAGAUGAAGGUCUAUGCUGAGACGUUCUCCAAGGCUGUGGGGAUGAACCUGACUGGAUUCUUCAAAGCCUGGGGGUGGACUAUUGAACAGGCUACUGAAAAGCAACUAUCCAGCCUGCCCGCCUGGACAGAUCACCCCAUGGUCUAACAUCACUACCUGGACACCGAAUCAUUUCUGAGCAUUGACCAGUUUUUAAGAUGGGCUAUAAUCUAUGUAAAUUCAGCACUUUCUAGUUUAUAAUGUUAAUUGUUUCCCAGGGAAGAGGAAAGAAUAUAAGAUUACUGAGUAAUGUAAAAGUCUAGCUUAAUAUUUUUUGGGUUGAUAGAAAAAUCAAGCCUUAGUUGGGUAACUUAAAUACUUAGACAAAUACAUACACAGGAAGAACAGUUUUCAGGGUGUGGAUAAAUACUGUGUUGUCUGUAUGAAGUAUUAAUAUUGUCAUGUACUUUUACUUCUCCAUUUGUUGAAAAAUUACUGUAUGUUGUUUACUUGUUACACUCAUUUAUCACUGGGAGGAUUUUAUUUUAUUGUCUAUUUUAUUUUCAGCAAUACCACACUGUAUGUAACACUGCUCUUAAAAACUAAUAUACCAAAUCACUACAGUGUUAGUUGCUAUAUGGAAAAAAAAAUAAUUAAAAAGAUCAUAACCAAUUGGCCUUCAGGAUGUUUGAAACAAACGGCUCAUUUUCUACCUGCAAAGCUAUUAGUGUCAAAAUCUUCUUGUUUUUUAUUCUUUUACUCAUCUCAGGUUCAUGUUUCUGUAGUUUCUUUAUUUUAUUUAGGUUCUUUGGAACAGGUUACUCAGGUUUUUUUGUUUUUUUUUGUCAUUUAAAGAUUUUCAAUUAUGUUUUUUCUCUGUUAUAUAGUCACUUGGUUUCUUUUUUAUGGUUCCCUAGUCACUGGUUUUAGGUUUAUUGUUUACUGACCAGCUAUUUGAAUAAAAAAAAAAUAUUGAUGUUGUUUUAAAUUAUGUUA